GCUUCUAGCCCUCUGUUCUUCCACCAUUUUAGUCAGAUCCUGAAUUCUGCUCAGUUAAGGACUCACAAGAGUUGCUUAAAAUUUGCAUUUGGAAGUCAUGCCUCAAACAAUGAAUUUGAAAAAACUUUUUUUUGCACUAGUCAAGACACUACUGUAAUACUUGAGCAAAGUGACAUUUUUAGUGGUUGCUGACUCACAGAAUGAUGAUGUAGACAUCUGUGUUUGGGCUUUGACCGCAAUCAUUGCAAUGUGUCCUGGUUUCGGCUCGGAUAGAGUUAAUUUUCUUCUUAGUAGCUGGUACAGUGUGUUUUGGAUUUAGUGUGAGAAUAAUGUUGAUAACACACCGAUGUUUUAGUUGUUGCUAAGUAGCGCUUAUCCUAAGUUAAGGAUUUUUCAGUUUCCUAUGCUCUGCCAGUAAGCAGGUAUACCAGAAGCUGGGAGGGAGCGUGGCCGGGACAGCUGACCUGAACUAGCCAAAGGGAUAUUCCAUAUCAUAGAAUGUCGUGCUCAGUAUAUAAACUGGGGGGAGCUGGCCGGGAGGGGCGGAUCGCUGCUUGGGCAUCGGUCAGCGGGUGGUGAGCAAUUGCAUUUAAUGGGUAAAGCAGAAGGCUCUGUGGCUAGGGAAGAGUGGCAUGGACAUGUUACUGCUCUCUCUGUUGCACCAGAAUUUCGACGGCUGGGUUUGACAGCUAAAUUGAUGGAACUACUGGAAGAAAUUUCAGAAAAAAAGGGUGGAUUUUUCGUCAAUCUCUUUGUGCGAGUAUCAAAUCAGGUUGCAGUAAAUAUGUACAAGCAACUAGGCUACAGUGUGUACCGCACGGUAUUAGAGGACUACUCUGCUAGCAGUGGAGAGCCAGAUGAAGAUGCUUAUGAUAUGAGAAAAGCUCUUUCCAGAGAUACAGAGAAGAAAUCAAUUAUACCUCUGCCUCAUCCUGUGAGACCAGAAGACAUUGAGUAACUGUAAGCUGUGAUUCUCAGGCAACUUACUAAGAGCACCAGGUUCCUUCUCCCCCCAGCCUCCAAGAACAUACGGAUGAGGAAUCUUAGGCUCAGUGUUUUUCCCCGUGAAAUAAUAAAAAGCAAUAUUGAGAAGCUUACUAAUCCUGCUUCUGUUGGUAAUGGCUGCAUACUCCUGCACUUACCACAUUAUUUUUCCUUUCAAAUACUGGAAAUUCAGAGACUAUUAAAAUGGAGUUACCUCAUGUAUGGUGUUUUCUUGGUUUUCUUUCAAACCAAAAAUAACUGAAGUCAGUAACAGUAAAAACUCUUCAAAUGCAUUUAUUCAUGACCAAUGAAAAUACUGUACAAUACCCAAGAAACAGAGCAGGGGAAGGCAAUGUAUUAAUACUUGCAUAUAAGAUAAACCUGUUAUACAUAAUGUAGAAAUAUCUUUCCCCUCCUCAUGGCACAGGCAUGGGACUGAACUUUGGUUCACUGUUAAUUUGAAAAAGCCAGACAACCAAAGCAGUCAAGGCUUUCUCUCCACCGUGGACCAGAUUCAAGAAAAAUUAUGUGUUCUGAGUACCCAUACAUACCUUAACAUGCUGUGUCUGCUGAAGUAAUCUGCAGUAAAGAUUUCUUGUUUUCUCAUACUCUUCUUGCUCAAUUUCAGAGUCAAUGUAGGAUUUCAAAAGAACCUGCAAAAGAGAAAUCUCUCCUUAUCUUCACAGCAUCUUCAAACAACCCUAUAUCUGACACUGAGAUAACGCAAUUAUUUUUUUUAAAUGGAGAAGCAUGGAUUAAUGUAGAAUUUGCAGAAAUGAAAUUCAGUGAUCAGAGUAUUAAUUGACUGUACAAGCUGGGAUUAAGACUAAGUAAUAUCAAAUCUUGUGUUUCUCCCUCCAUGUUUUAUUAUGGGUUUUAUACUCCUGCGUACCCUGCCAAGAAACGUGCUAACUUAGACGAGAUACAGGCUAAGCCACUAUGGUGAGCAGUUCUGUUCAAGCUGGUAGAUUAUGUACAUUUUAAUUAACCACACUGUGUAAUAAAUACUGGUUUUGUUCCUGUUUU